UAUUUCGAUUUGAAUGGAGCACUUGCAUUGGAGCUCCGGUAACGCACAGAACGUUAUAAAACCAACCUAUCCAGGAGCAAUUGAGUGUGAUUGUGAUUGUGCUUUCUCGACUCAGGCCAGUGAAUGAAAUCAAUUGAUUCGGCGAGUGUUAAUGGGAAAGAACGAAAUCAGAGCUAACUGUGCAUUGUGUAACCGCUAAAAACGAUGACCGGCGGACAGACGAGAAGAAGGAGGCGAGGAGACGGCGGGAUCCACUACUGAUCAUAUGAUUGCCCAAGAACAACUGCAACAACAACAAUAACGAGCUCUCAGAUAUAUACGUCAGGUGUGACAAAGUGGGGAAAGCUAAAAACAUAGCACGGCAGUCGCCAAAAUAGCAGAAUAGUAUUUCGUUGCCAGAAGGAAAACACCAGCAGCGGAGAAAGGAAGUCGAAAGGACAUAAACAAUGUACACCAUCAACAAGGGACCCAGCAAAAUAGUUGCUAAAUCGCGUCGCGGCCUGGCGCAAAACUUUGAAAAGUUCGAGAGCAUCAAGGAGAGCGGCCGAAAGAAUGGCAGCUUCGAUCUGAACAGUCCCGAGGAGCACAACAACAUACCGCGCCCAGUGUUCCAACAGAGCUUUGCCUCCAAGCGGAUAGCACCGACCAAACUGAUCGAAGAUGAGGUGAUAACGCCGCAGCAUGAGGAGAUAAUACGUUACAUAAAUGACUCCUGGAACAUGCUGGUGGCCCAGAAUCCCUACGAUGCCAGUACAUCCGCUAAGCCCGCCGAGAAAGUAGUGGCGGAUGCCAACAACAACGAUAGCUCAGCCAGUCCUGUGGACAGCAUCAUGGCCAACUCACAACUGACAGCAACUGUUUGGGUUGAGCCUCCUAGUCCUGCGCUGCAGGAUUUCAAGCCCUUCGAUCUGGAGUCAUGGUGGGGUCGUCGCCUGUUCCAAAAUAUCACAAAGAGCCUGUAAGGAUGGGUCGUUCCUGAUUCCUAGCCUUCACACUAGAGUUGUAUCUAUAUAGAUGAGAGGAAGCAGACAUAGAUAUCGUUUAGGGGCUAAGUAAAUAUCACCUUUUGGAUGUUAGAAUGUUUAAGAGGACUCUGACGUGGGAAUAAGCCAUGUUUCUUAGUUUGCCUCUUGUGUUUGAAUAUUGUGUAAAUGGAUUAAAUUAAGAGUCAUCGCCCCGACGCUGGCCAAUUGUAAAUAGUACGAUUUAUAAAAAUGUUGUAGAGCUUUAAGAAGAGAAUAUCUGGUGGUUUGCCUGCUUGCUUGCCAGUUUUUAAAAAAUCUAAUCGAGAAUAAUAUUUCAAUUAACAUACAAGUUAGCCAUACGUUUUCAGUCAACAAUCAAGUGUUUUAAAGAUUUGCCUGUAUAUAUAUAUUAAAAUGUCAAAAUUCGA